AUGGAGACGCAGGUCCUCGCCGGUGGCUGCCCCAUCAAGACGGUCGUGGUGCUCGUCCAGGAGAACCGCUCCUUUGACCACAUGCUGGGUUGGAUGAAGUCUCUCAACCCGGCGAUCGACGGCGUUGAUGGCUCCGAGUCCAACCUGGUCUCCGUCGCCGAUCCCAACUCCGCCCGCGUGCAAUUCACCGACCGAUCCGAGUACGUCGACCCCGAUCCCGGCCACUCCUUCCAGGCCAUCUACGAGCAGAUCUACGGCGUGCCAUACGAGCCCGGCUUGCCGUCAACGCCCGCCACGGCGGCGCUGAUGAACGGUUUCGCGCAGCAGGCGGAGAAGGAGAAGCCGGGCAUGUCGGCGAAUGUGAUGAGCGGAUUUCGCCCUAACGCCGUGCCGGUGUACCGAGAGCUGGUGGCGGAGUUCGCCGUGUGCGACCGGUGGUUCGCACCUGUGCCGGCGUCGACGCAGCCAAAUCGUCUCUACGUGCACUCGGCGACGUCUCACGGCGCAACAAGCAACGUGAGGAAGCAACUAAUCGAGGGUUUUCCCCAGAAAACCAUCUUUGACUCCCUGGACGAGGCGGGCCUCUCUUUCGGGAUUUACUUCCAGUACCCUCCCGCCACCCUCUUCUACAGGUCCAGUCUCUCUCUCUCUCUCUUUUUCUCUCUCUUUUAUACUUUCUCAAUCAUCUGACUCGAUGGGGAACUCAGGAAUCUGAGGAAGCUCAAGUACUUGGGGAGGUUCCACCCGUUCGAUCUGAGCUUCAAGAAGCACUGCAAGGAGGGGAAGCUCCCCAACUACGUGGUGGUGGAGCAGCGAUACUUUGACCUCAAGCUCCUCCCGGGGAACGACGACCACCCCUCCCACGACGUCUCCGAGGGGCAGAAGUUCGUGAAGGAGGUCUACGAGGCGCUCCGUUCCAGCCCUCAGUGGAACGAGAUCCUCUUCGUCAUCACCUACGACGAGCACGGCGGCUUCUUCGACCACGUACCCCCGCCGGUCAACGUCCCCAGCCCCGAUGACAUCGUCGGCCCGGAGCCCUUCAACUUCCGCUUUGACCGGCUCGGUGUCCGCGUCCCGGCCAUCCUCAUCUCCCCUUGGAUCGAGAAGGGAACAGGUAAAAAAACCCUAGAACCUCCGUAACUGCUAGAAGGCGACGAGAUCAAACUAGACACUAAAACCGGAGCCCUUGGUGCAGUGCUUCACGAGCCCUCGGGGCCGUACCCGUCCUCCCAGUACGAGCACUCCUCCAUUCCGGCCACCGUGAAGAAGAUCUUCAACCUCAGGGAGUUCCUGACCAAGAGGGACGCAUGGGCCGGCACCUUCGAGACUGUGCUAACGAGGAAGAGCCCCAGAACCGACUGCCCGCUCACCCUGCCGGAGCCGAAGAAGAUGCGCGAGGACGACGGUGCCGGUGAGGGAGCCAAGCUGACGGAGUUCCAGGAGGCGCUGGUGCACCUGGCGGCGGUGCUCAACGGGGACCACGCCAAGGAGGGCAAGCUCAAGGCGGCACUCGAGGAGAAGACAGUUGUGGAGGGCGCCAAGUACCUGGAGGAUGCCUUCCAGGCCUUCUGCCGCGCCGGCGAGAGCUGCCGGAAGCGAGGUAUGGACGACUCGCAGAUUGUGGCGGUGGAGAAGCCCGGCGGAGAGAAACCCAAAGCAAGGAAGAGGUCCUUCGUGAACAAGUUGUUCUCAUGCUUGGCCUGUAACCGCUCGGAAUGA